AUGGAUGCCUGGUACAAGGAUCCGACGUCGAACGCUAGCCCAUUUGUCAUAGUUGGUGGGCAGGAAGAUGGACCGAGUGAACGUCAAAUCGUGGACGAGCUUAAGAAGGCUGAAGUCGAAGAAGCUCGGGCUGGUCAUGCACCGCUCUUGGAGGGGACGAAGACUGUGGUUGCAUUCAUCAAAGCUGGAUUACAAUUGCAACACAUACAACGGAAGAUUCAAGCGACUCUUAAGAGCAAGACCUUGACCGCCGACCGUGCGAGCCAAGUUCAAGAGCUCCGAGUGUCUUUUCUCAAACAAUUGCGCUCGUUUCAACAUCUGCAACUCACCUACAUGCCUGGCAUUGAAACUCUGCGCGAAGCUGACGAUGCGAAACGCGACGUGAACGAGCCCGAAUGUCAGCCUGAAUAUAUCAAGUUAUAUCUUCCCUCCGAUCUUACGGCCGAGCAGCGCCGGUCAAUUACACUCUCGCGCGUUAUCGAAACAGAAGCCAGAGUUCGGUGUGGGCAAUGUGCAGAUGCCCUCGUAACGCUGCGAACUCGCCUCUAUCGAAAUGCAUAUGAUAUGGUUUCGUGA